AUGCUGAGGAGGGACAAGGAGCCUGGUGGCCCUCGGCGUAGUCUACAUCUUCAUAUACUCCUGCGAGGUACUACAGGGUCCAAGAAGGUAUUACAGUUCAAAUCUUCAUACUUUCCUUACAUAUCUGCCCCAAAAGACCACAACUCACAACCAAUACAUUUCGACGAAGAGUACAACACAUCUGAUACACUAUGGCCAAAGUGCACUCCAAAGAAACGGAUUGCAUUGUCUAAGAACCACAAGGUCGCCGGAGAUACUGUUAAGAACAUCUUGCACCGGUUUGGUUACGUUCACAACCUAACCUUCCUUCUGCCAAGACCGUUCAUGCCGAGUAGAGCUUACCCUAGAAACUUUUCUUCAGAAGUGUUCAUGCCCGUGCCGAACACCACCCCGGCGGACAUGUGGGUGUAUCACGCGGUGUAUGACGGCGACUGGCUCCGCGCACGCCUCCCACCCGACACCGUCCGCCUCACGAUCAUCAGGGAGCCUCUAGCGCACUUCAAGUCCGUUUGGAACUACUACAACAUACAGAGGAGGUUUAAAAUUCCAGGGAACGGUACAGACUCCAUCUUUGCUUUUCUGGAGAAUCCUCUGAAGUAUGACCAGCGGUGUGGGCACGGUCCGCACGCUCCACUAUGCCUCACGCUAAACUCCAUGGCGGUGGACCUCGGCUUUCCAAUAGACUCGAACAAGAAAGUCCUUCCCGGUGGAGACCACGAGGAGAAAGAACGAAUUACCAAAGAUUUUGUCGAAAAGAUCAGCCAAGAGUUCCCACUGGUCAUGCUCACCGAACAGUUCGAUCUUUCUUUGAUACUCCUAAGGAGGAAUAUGUGCUGGUCUCUUAAAGACAUUCUUUACUACAAAGUCAACAGUAGGCAGUAUGACUACAAGGAAGUGGACAUCAUAGGGAGUCACAAACAGGCUCACCGAGAAUGGAGUUACGUGGACUACGCUCUUUAUGACUUCUUCAAUAGAACGUUUUGGGAAAGGGUUUCGAAGGAAGGUGACAGCUUUUGGGACGAGGUGAAAUUCUUCAGGUACGUCAACGAGAAGAUGAGGGAACACUGUGAUGACAUUGUGUGGGGAAACGCAUGUUCUCGCCACGGCUCGAGUUUGGUAGUCUCUGACACAAGAUGGGGGCCAGGGUUCACCAUUGAUCGCGAAUUCUGCUUACUGGCAAAGCGGGGACUGGUGUGUCACUACUCCAUCCAGGCCGAGAGGAACGGGAGAAUGCUGAGCAUGGCACCACAUUCGGGUACUGAUACGUUACAGGCCAUUCGGAGGGACGCGGUGUACAGAGAACACUGUGUGUACUGUAGGACUCAGUGGUGCCACCCUCUCGACUAUCUAACGCACUUCUACAGGGAUGGCUACAUCAGCCGCACUGAGUACAUGUUAGCGAGAAGAAAGAACUUUCCUCGCUCGCUGAGGAAGUGUCGACUUCCGCCCAAAGUUCUGUCACCAUCCGAUAGAUACCUGCACUCUGUAUGAUCCCACCUGUCGUCUGUACCCAAAUUUGCGACUUAGCAAGAUCCGCGGCUUCUGUGACAUCAGGUUAUGUAGAUGGCACACGUGAUUCGGUGAGCAGUGAAUCAUAGGUUGCAGAAGUCUGUGGCGCCCCCCGUCUCUGUUGAGGAUGGCUGUGACUCUCUAAUGCCCUGAUGUAGAUGGCCUCUUUAAUACCUCGUUCAAAGAAGUCGAUUUCAGAAUGACUUCUAGAACUCUACCAACACAGGUGAACUUUCAAGAUAUACUAUAGGUUAGUAGUCAUGUUACAAUUUUUGUCCAUCCAACUAUCUGUUUAAUACUGUGAGUCAGCAUAUCGACAGAAAUGUUGUUUACAUAACCAAGUUCAAGGUAGCACUGGAUAUACGAUUUAUGAAUUGCAAUAAAAGUUAUAAAGUCUCCAAUCACCGUAUCUGGACCGUACAUUGAUAUCUCAAAUGUAUACAUUGUAGUCAAAAGGCAUUUGAUUGAAGCAUAUCUAGUACCAUGAAAAGAGAAGGGUAGAUAUGGAGAUUUGUCAGUUACGUGUAGCAAACAGUAGACCAGGUAAGUUCGUCAUGUAAAACCCUCUCAUGACCCACUCGUUCCCCUCACGUCCGUCACCAUGGAGACAGGAACCGGUUGGGUAGGAAAUGACGUCACGGGCCAAAUAUGCUCUCCAAGCAGAUGUUGGUGGAGAGGAUGCUUUCUAUCACAUGCCCCGUUUUCUGUUCCUACUCUCCACCAUGGCUACUGAAACCGGUGCAUAAGAUAAAAAGUUUAGAUAGAACAUUUCACAGAAUUA